AUGGCUGACCAAUUUAAAGCGGACCAUGAGCACAUCCUUGCCAACUACAACUUCAAACCUGGCACCCUGGUCCUCAUCUGCAAUACUCACAUUGAGAAGGAACUCAACCAUAAAUCAAAGCCCCAAUUUUUUGGUCCCAUGGUUGUUGUCACCCAUACUGCCAGAGGCAGCUAUGUGAUCGCCAAUUUGGAUGGAGCUGUUCUCAAAGCCUGCAUCACACAGUUCCGCAUUUACCUGUACCACCAGUGA